AUCAUUUAUACCAGAGAAGAAGAGAGUGUGGAAGUAGCGCUAAUAAAAAUAGCUACUUUAAACUGUAUAAAUCUCGUUAUUUAUUAGUUUAUUUUUUAAAUAUAAAAUGUGUACGGGUUGUGUACAGAAAGAAUAUCCUGACAGGGGAAACACCUGCCUGGAUAACGGCUCGUAUCUGAUGAACUUUGUGGGAUGUGCCAGCUGUCAUCAGCGAGACUUUGUGCUCAUCAGCGACAAAACACUGGUGAACGAAGACGAGGAGGAGAUCGUCACUUACCUACAUAAGUGCAAGAAUUGUGAUCACGUCAUAGCCAGACACGAGUACACCUUCUCAGUGGUGGACGACUAUCAGGAAUACACAAUGCUGUGCAUGCUGUGCGGGAAGGCGGAAGAUUCCAUCAGCGUGAUGCCUGAUGAUCCCAGACAGUCUGCUCCGCUCUUCUGAACAGAAAAUAAAAUGGUUUAAUCCACGCUGAGCUCAGAAGGCUGGUUUAAAUCCUCGACUGAUUAUAAUCCUGUCUUCAUAUUUUUAUUUCUUCACAUUCCGGAGAACCUUCCUCAGCUGGAUCUCUCCGGACAUCUCCAACAUCGGCUUGGUUUCCUGACUGAUGAACUUUCCAUAGGCUGUUAAUAAGGUAUUAAUAAAAGAGUGGAAAUAAAACCAAUAAUGUAAAUAAAAAAAACGUCCUGUAUGUUUUUAGAGUAAAGCCUCCUGUUCAUCCUGAAUGUUCAGUGUUUACUGUAAACUUUUAUUACAGAAAUCUCUUUUGUAUGCUUUGUCUUAAUAAAAUAAACGAUGCUCCAUCACAU